AUGGCCCUAGACAAGGUCGACCAUACCGCUGAUCUUAGCGACCUCAAGGAAGAACAAAUCGGCGUGAAAGCAGAACAUGCAGAUGCCAUCGAAGGCCAGCAUCCUCCCUCCGAGGAGGAGCUUCGAGCUGUUCGUCGCAAGGUCGAUUGGAGGUUGAUGCCUAUCAUGGUAGGCACAUAUGGUCUUCAGUUCUAUGACAAAACCGCUCUGAAUCAAGCUGCGCUGUUUGGUAUCCUUCAGGAUCUAGAUCUUGUUGAAGUCACCAAAGUCAACGGAACAACAAUCACUAAUACACAAAGAUACUCUUAUGUCGGUAUGGCAUUCUACAUGGGCUACAUCUUGGGAGUCUAUCCUAUCACGUUCUUGGCUCAGAAAUAUCGUCCUGGCAAAGUCUGUGCCGCGAUCGUCCUCAUCUGGGGUGUUGUGGAACUUCUUACUGUUGUCUGUAACAAUUUUUCCGGCUACUUUGCUCAAAGAUUUUUCCUUGGCCUCCUUGAAUCCGGAGUUGGUCCAGCUUUCGUUAUUGCAUCUAGUCAAUGGUAUACUCAAGCUGAGAGUGCCCUUCGUAUUGGUAUCUGGUUCACAGCAUCGAAUGGUGCUGCGUCUAUGAUCGGACCCCUCAUCAACUAUGGCUUCGGUUCCAUCGACGGCGCUCUCGACGGGUGGCAAAACAUCUUUCUCUGGGCCGGACUUCUCACAGUCGCUUGGGGAUUUGUUGUACUAUGGCUGAUGCCUGAUGACCCAAAAAGAGCCAAAUUUUUGACGGAGCGAGAGCGAUUCGUUGCACUCGAGCGAGUUAGGGACAACAACAGUGGGAUGGUCGACCACCACAUCAAACCAAGCCAAAUGUUCGAAAUCUUGCGCGACCCUGCGGCUUUGCUUCUCAUCACUCUCAUGUUCUGCGCCUGCGUAUCGAACUCCAUUGUGGGCCUAUUUGCAAGCAUCAUCAUAAAGAACCUGGGUUUCAACACGCUACAGUCUAUCGCCCUGCAAGUUCCAGCUGGUUUCUUCGGCAUCCUAUGCGGUAUUGUUCCAAUGAUCUUGGUGUUGAAGACGAACAGAUGGCGUACCACCAUCAUCAGUGUACUGACUGUCGUAUCUCUCUCUGGAACAGCAAUUCUCUACGCCGUUCCGCGCACUCUCGUGGGUGUGAUUCUGCUCGGAUAUUAUCUCAAUAACUGCUACACCGGCACACCAGUUCAGGUACUCGCACUAGCUGCUGCGAACGUUGCUGGACACACCAAGAAGUCUACCCUCAACAGCUGCAUCUUUAUUGCAUUCUGCGCAUCGUCGACCAUGAGCCCCUUGAUCAUGAACCAGAAAGACAACUACAAGUCUGGUUUCUUGGGCAUCAUGAUCUGUCAGGCGUACAAUAUCCUCGCAGCCCAGGUUCUCUACUAUAUUUACCGCACGCGAAACAACAAGAGAGACCGGCAAUACGGCGAAAAGGUCUCUGGCCGCCCAUUCACCGAUGAGACUGACCUCCAAAAUACCAAUUUUCGUUACGCAUGGUGA